UUUUUCAAAUCGAUUUGUGUUAACAUUGAAUUCGCUUUUUUUUUGUUAUCAUUUGAUUUGCCUCGUUUUCUGUUGAUUUUUGAUUUGUUUCUUAUUGUUUCUUUUUUAUUACUUGUUACUAAUUGAUUCAAGAAUGGCUUUUGAUUAUCGUCCACGAAUUACUAAUGACAUGAUGCAAGGUUAUUUCUCUAAACCGGUGAUUCUUUUGGGUAGAGUUGCCAGUAUUGAACCUUCGGGUAAAAAAGUGUGUGUUAAAGAUUGUUCUGGACAAAAUGUUAUGGUUUAUCUUGCCAAACCAAUUGAUGGAGUUUUGGAAUUAGAUUCAUGGGUUGAAGCUGAAGGUAAAGUAAAAGGUAAAGGUCACAUGGAUGGUGAAAUUUUAAAAUUACCCUCAUCGUUGUUUGAUAAUUUUGAUCAAGAACUUUAUGUGUCCACAAUCAAGAUGUUAGUCAAUCCAGGAACUGCCAACAAUUAUAUCGUUGAAGACAAAGGUGAACAUCAUGGAGAAGGCAACGAUAUUGAAUUAAUUUCCAAUCCAGGUGAUUCCGGUAAAUCUGAUUUAGAUGGUAUGGCCGAAGAAAGUUUCCUCAAUUUAUAAAAAAAGAAGAAGAAAACAAUUCUACUUUACAAAUUGUCUUUAUAAAAUUUUCCAUUUUCAUUUCUUUUCUAAAAAGAACAAAAAAACAAAUCACUUUGUAAAAAGCGCCAAAAAAAUGGUUGCUUAUUUAUUAUCUAAGAAGAAGAAGCAGAAAAACUGUAACCUUGUUUUCUUGUCUCUUCAAUAAAUACGAGAGAGGUUAUAAAUCAA